CACGUGAUAGGGAAAACUGUUACAUUUUGCACCGAUUAGAAUUUAGAAGAGCGCGGUAAGGUCCGCGGUGAAAUAGCCAGCUAUUGCAUAUGCAUCACAUCCACAAUAUGAGUUACAUUUGGAUUAUUUUCUCUGCUGGAACGCUCUGGGUUGUCUUAUCUAGUCUAUCGCAGUUAUCUGCUGAGCCAAAUCGUCCACCACCGCAAAUAUGCGGCAAACCACAGGUUCCUCCAUCCAAAGGUGUUCGUAUUGUGGGCGGGGGCCCGGUGCAGAAUAACAGCUGGCCAUGGGCCUGCGCCUUGGUACAGGAAAUACGCAGGGACAACCGGAUGACCUACCGGCAGUUUUGUGACUGCACACUGAUUGACAUGUACUGGGUGGUAACCGCUGGGCACUGUAAACACGGCCUGUCCGAUGCCCAGUUUGAGUACUACGUCAAAGUGUACCUGGGCGAGGAGAAUCUGUUAACGGCCCGCGACAAUUCCGCUCGCAGGUUUAACGUCUCUAGAGUGUUUCUGCACGAGAAGUACGUGCAUGACAUCAAGCACAACGACAUUGCCCUGAUACGGUUGAGCCGCCCCGUGGAGAAGUUCGAUAACGAUGUUAUGCCGGCAUGUCUGCCCAAGCGGCCCGUGCACGACGGAGAGUUCCAGGAGAGAGGACAGAAUGGACGGAGGAUUGCGUAUUUAGGCGGAUGGGGUCAUACUCAUGAAGGAGAAGGCAAAAACGGCGUGAUAGGUUCAGGAACCGACAAACUAAAACAAGUCUCCGCGGAAGUCUACCAUCACAACGAAUGCCUGAACAGGCUGGGAUACCGCAUUACUAAUACGAUGUUUUGCGCGGGAUUUGACAGAGGAGGCAGAGACACUUGUCAAGGCGAUUCAGGGGGGCCGUUGGUGGCGGAUGAGGGGAACAACACAUGGACACUACACGGCAUCGUGUCCUGGGGAAUCGGUUGCGCCCAGAGAAAUUCCCCCGGCGUCUACACGCACGUUCACACCAUGAUGGACUGGAUCGAGCAAAAGACCGGCCUCAACUUUGACAAAUUCAUACCCAUGUCGCCGACCGAGGCCCUCAAUGCGCCCGAGGUGCCACGACCCAUUGUGUGAUGCGAUGACACGGGGUGGACAAAAGGUCGAGUUUGUUUACAACUGUAUAGUCUGCAUACACUGCGCAUAUCGAUACUGAAAGAUCACAAAUGGUAGCAGAAAGCGCGAACGUCAAAAUGUGUGUUCGUAAUGUGUUGUUAUAAUUUAAUUCAGCAUGGAAACUGGAACGACUAACCAUAAAAUAAAAUUGUUCAGGGCGAAA